AUGACCCCUGCCGCCAACUUGAACUUAUGCAUGUGCAUGUGGUGGACUUCAAAUAUUCUGAGCUCUGCUUCUUGUGGAAACAAGGUUUCUACGCAAGCACUUUGGAAACCCUGGGUUGUUCAGGGGAAACCAGGGUUUCUGGAUAGUUUAAUCCCAGAUUUGAUACCAACAUCUCCACCAACUUUGCUAGCUUACCAUUCGCGCGCCUGGGAAUCUCUUGUUACAUUUGCAGAGCUGUCCAGUUCUCCUGCUCGACAUUCGCUGGUUCACGCAUGGCGCACAAGCUUUCAAACCGGUGGAGGGCUAUCUAUUCCGAUUUGUUCGACUACUUUUUCGCUCACAGCCCUCGUGUCCUUGUUUUCCACAAACGUCUCCAUCAGGAGAAAAUCUCUUGAGUCAGUAGGUCAAUGUAGCUCUAGUAUUUAUAAUACCCUGGUAGUCUAG